AUGCAUGCUAAACUAGGGUACAGCACAGUAGUAGGAGAACGAGGUAUCCAUUUGUCUGGAGGGCAAAAGCAACGGGUGGCAAUUGCACGUGCCAUAGCGAGAGCUCCAAAGAUAUUACUACUAGAUGAAGCCACUAGCGCUCUUGAUGCCGAGUCUGAACGAGCAGUUCAAGAUGCACUUGAUCGAGUUAUGGUUGGGCGGACAACAAUGGUGGUGAGCCAUCGGUUAUCUAGCAUUAAGGGUGCGGAUUUGAUUGCGGUGGUUAGAAAUGGAGUUAUACUAGAGAAAGGAAGACAUGAAACGUUAAUCAAAAUCAAGGGUGGUUUUUAUGCCUCCUUAAUAGCCCCAUAUACAAACACAAGAUCAUCCCAUUGA